GCAAUACACUUAGUAGUUUCGUAGAAAUCCCCGAGUCUUUGACAGUCUUUCUUGUAGAAUCUAUGCACCGACACCAACCGGAUAUACCAGUCUGCACGGUCUGAUCAACGUGGAUGGAUUGGCUUCUCUUCAGUUGCUUCAGUUUUUGUCUUUGUCCAUUCACUUGCCAACUUUGAAAGUAUCUGACACGGUUUAAGCUUGAUCGUCGAAGGCAUCGUAUUAGCGAAUGUCCUCUUAACAAUUUCAAGCACUUUCAACUUGGGUGAAAUAAAAACAAAAAAAAAGGACCAGGCCAGGUGGAUUAAAUAGCUGUGAAGCAGUUUUGUGGCCACAGUGUGACAUUCUUAAAAGAAGCAGCAGCUUCUGCGUAGUGUUCCGCAAGAGAGAGAAUGAAGACGGGUAACUGAAACUCCGAUCAUCUGUAAGCUUCGAUCAGGUGCGAUCUGUGACAGUCACCAACCAUCGAGGGUCGAGCCAACAUGCUGAUGCCUUGAUCUUAAUUCUACACUUUGCAAACACUUGCUGGUGAGGCAAAUCGCAGUUUCAGUCGUUUUUUUUCUUUCGUUACAACAGCUGAAAAUGUGGCGUGAAUUUCUGAUGAAAAUGCGCUCAAAGGACGCUUUAUCCGAGAACUUGUACAGUGACGACGACAGUGAAGAUACGUGUGAUAGUGAUUAUUCUGGUCUCAGCGGUCACUACAGUUUUCGCAAUCGCCAAGAUAACAGCGAGCCGUCAACGAUGUCUCAUUCCCGAUUUGCAAGAACGCGCAUCAACAGCAUUCGUUUUUCGCAAAGUCCGUGCAGCAGUGAAGCGACGAUGAGCGCUGCGACGGGAGCCCACGAAGAAGAAUCUUGCGUUACUUGGCGUGAAAAAUUUCAAUUCACCUUAUCGCUCAUCCGUGAACCGAGAUACCUGCUGGCGGAAACACUCGUAGCCGAACAACUCAAACUGACCCUAAAGCAACAAGCUUAUAGACUGGAACACAUUUUAAUACGCCAGACGAUUCAAGAGCAUCGACAGCAAUCCAUUACUGCAGUAUCAGAAGCUGCUUCAAAUUAUAAUCACAGUGGUAGGCGAGUGGACGGUGAUAAAGCUGGAGCGGAUAUCGAAUCAUUAAAAAAGCAAUUGCUCAUUGUCGAUCAGCGGCUGGCCACGUUGACUGGACGGUUGGAGGUGCUUAAAGCAGUUCAACAAGUCCUUCCUGCUGUUCCUUCUGGCACCGAAAUCAACUCCGAAACGGACGAACCGGAUUCCUUGGAACCGGUGCAAGAGGUUACGCCAUCGAUUCAGAAUGUCAGUGGAACAAUACGGCCAAAGAAAGUCGGUGAUAAAAAAACAAACACGGAAGCAUCAUCCAACGAAAGCGAUUUGCUGGCCUUAUUACAACUGGAACGACUAGCUCAACAAGCCAGUCGGCGUGAUUACGAACUAUUGCGGAAGCAAUACCAACGACUCAAAGAGGAACUAGAAUGGAGAGAUUCAGGUCACGGAGACGAUCUAGGCGACGCUGAAUUUUCUUCAGAGCUUAUCAGCGACCGUGACAGAGAUUCAGACAGCGUUCAAAUGAAACCUAGCGUCGCUCUCAAGAGUUGGACCUGGCGUAGCAGCAGUACACCCAGUCAAGAGUCAGCAGCUACCAUCCGGGAGAGUCAUCCAGGGGAUAACACCUCCACCUGCUCGUCGAUAGAGUCACCAUCAGUGGCCAACAGUGAAAACAAACAUUUGUGGAGCGAAGUGCAAUCAAGAGACAAAAUCAUCACACAGCUGCGGUCGACGAUCGCUGAAUUGGAACCCGCCGUUGACAAAGCGAGAGCCGAAGCCACACAACGCGACAUGAUCAACAAGGAGCUUGAUAGAAAAAACAAAGAAUUGCAAAUGGUCAUCGACAAUCUAACGGCCAACAUCGAGGUAUUAAGAGCGUACCAAUUAACAGAGCAGCACAUUCAUGAGAAGACGUUUGUAAGCAGCGACGAUAACAUCCAACGAAAGCGGACCUACAAAGUGACUGAAAACAAAGAAUUUGUACAAAUGCGCGGUCUGAUCACCGAAUUGCAGCAGAAAGAAAAUGAAUACAAAGUCAGAAUAGAGCAAUUGGAGAAGGUGUUACGCCAAUCCAAUUCCCUACCUGAAGUUCCCAACCUAGAAGAACUCGAACGACACGUCACUCACAUGGAACAAGAAUUGGAACAUAAGAAUGAAAGACUGGCGGCUUUCGAACAAUAUCUGGAAACGAAAGAAGAAGAAUUCUCCGUAAUGAAACGCGACCUAGAAAACCUACAAGAGGAGAACAUACGUCUCAAGUCCGAAGUAACUGAAGCCAUCUACCGGGAUAGAGAGAGUAACAUGGAGAAGUUAGAACAAGUAGGUCGGGAGCUUCAACAAGCUAUGGAGGCUAACAAGCUCUUAGUGGAAGACAUCAAUCGGGAAAGAGUCCUGCGCAAGAAGUAUUUCAAUACGAUCGAAGAUCUCAAAGGUAAAAUUAGAGUUUACUGCCGACUUAGACCGAUGACUCCUGCUGAGCAGAGAGUUCAGCACUCGGUUGCCGAUGUCGUUGAUCCCUACACGCUCGUCAUAAACACCCCAAAGGGACCCAAAGAGUUCCACUUCGAUCGCGUGUUUCUACCAGAAGACACGCAAGAAACCGUUUUUGAAGAUACGCAUGUAAAUAUUUAUCGAAACUUCACGCACUGCUCCUUGACUUACUCUUCUCGUGUUUUUCCAUCGCUUUGGGGAAUCCAGACACUUGUGCAGUCAGCUUUCGACGGUUACAAUGUUUGUAUAUGUGCUUACGGCCAGACCGGUAGUGGGAAAACGCACACGAUUAUCGGUGAUGAUAUUCAACCCGGUUUGGCAACUCGUACCUUUGAACGCAUCUUCCAGUUAACUGAAGACCAUCAAGCCCAAUUUGACGUCCAAGUUUCUUGCUCUAUGCUAGAACUUUACAACGACAAGCUCAUCGAUCUCUUGCGCUUGGCCGAUCAGACAGAGGUAAAGUUGGAAAUAAAAAAAGACAAGCGUGGAAUUGUUUGGGUACAGGGAUCCCGCAUUUCACCCGUUACCGACGCAAACCAGCUGUCAGAUCUGUUCUACCGUGGCCUCCACUCUAGACACACAGGCUCGACACGCAUGAACGAUCGUAGCAGCCGUUCCCAUCUGAUUGUUAGCAUCAACAUUGAAUGUACGAGCCGGUUGCAUGGUACUGUCAUACGGGGUAAGGUUAGCUUACUUGAUCUGGCUGGCAGCGAGCGUUUCGCCAAAUCGGGAUCAUCCGGGGACCAGCUGCGAGAAGCUUCCUCCAUCAACAAAUCGUUAUCAACUCUGGGUGAUGUGAUUUCAGCUUUGGCCAGUGAGCAACCGCAUACGCCUUACAGAAAUAGCAAGCUGACGAUGCUGAUGCAAGACUCGUUGGGCGGAAACGCCAAAACACUUCUCUUCGUCACCGCUUCCAUUGCGGCUUUCAACCUAGAUGAAACGUUAACAUCACUGACGUAUGCCUCUCGCGCCAAAGCCGUAACCAACGCAGCCCAGAGAAGUGCCGACUGCAGGGAGAUUGCUCGUCUCAAAGCGGUAUAUUGUUCACUAACAUUGGUAGAAGGUAUUAACAAAAUGACUGAGCGCGGUUUCAAUGUUAGAUCAUACAAAAACUCCGGAGAGGGGAAGAAGAUGUCGAAGAUACGAGUUGAAAAACAGCAUCCUGAAAGUCUUUUGGGAGAAUUUUUUGUUCUUUUUAUUUUGUAAAUUAUAGCAUGUUCAUACAAAUAUUUCCGGUGGA